AUGAGCGAAGAGGCAGCGACUGACUCACAGGUGUCGGCGGAAAACGGCAUAGCAAAUAUCGCAGAUGAUGCCGGGCUUAAGAGCAGCCAAGAUGAAAACCAGGAGACCAUAAAAUCGCGAGAAACAGAAACAAAUGAACUCAACACGGGAGAAAUUGUUUCAGGUUGUAGUACAGCCGAAGUUGAUUCCGAUAUUUCUUCGAAUUGUAGCGAGGUUAUGGGUAAAGACGAAAACUUUCAACUUGGAAAUACAAGCAUAUCACUUAAAAAUUCGGUUUCUACGGAAAGUAGCUUCGUGACAGACGAAGGAAAACACGAUAAUUUACCGGUUGUGGAUUCUAAUGAUGACGCGGCCGCUGGGAAAUAUGAAGAGUCAAAUAUUCCAGGGAAUGAGAUUGAUCCUUUCACCCAAUCUGUGAAAUAUUUGGAAAAGCAUCAGAUUUUAAGACUGUUUCAGGUGAGGAUGUUACGGCCUGUGUUAAAAUGAUUAUAAAUCUCUACACUUAUAAAAGGAACUAAUUUAAAUUCAGUCUAGAAUGUCAGUUAUAUAACUGGCAACACAUUUAACUUCGCAAUGUUGAGGGCUUGGGCUUUAGAUUGAUGGCCGUUUUCUUACCGUGACAUCAGAGUUCAUUUUUUUGUAACUUGCGGAAUACAACUUGACGACGAAAGAUUAACCCUUAAAAGAUUCCAGCUGAACUAGAAACGGUAGCAUAUUCCAGAUUAUUUUCUUUCAAGAUCGUAUAAUUGUUUGGUGUGCAGUAGAACCCCGGUAACUCGAACUCUGAAGGGAGACGAAAAAGAGUUCGAGUUUACAGGGAAUUCAAAUUAUCAAGGUAAAUUUCAGCGAAAUUUUGAUCAAGGGAAGGGAAAUUUAGUUCGAGUUAGCGGGGAAUUCGAGUUAUCCGAGUUCGAGUUAUCGAGAUUCUAAUGUAUUUUGCUAUUUCUGAGUGGCUGUACUCUCUUUUUUUCACAAUUAUUUCCUUGUCUUUUACACUUUUUGUAUCAAGAGCACAAGAAAGAUUGUUGUUGUUGUUGUUGUUGUUGUAUUUUCUGCACCAAGCGGAGACCUUUUCCAUUUUAAACUGACUAUAAGCUACAGUCAACUUACAGCUCUGUAGGACCCCAGUAGGGAUAACUGAAAUUGAACGGAGUGACUGGGCAAAUAGCGUAUCGUGCGCCGGUAAAUUAAAUGACGGUUACGAGGAUAUAUGCUUCCGUUUUUUUUUUUGCCUUUGUUGUCUUACAUCAUUUUCCAUGUUCUGAUCGAACGUCUAUGACUGAUUGACUUUGGUUGACUAGUUGACUAGCGGAACUGAGCUAUAAACCGCGAACCGAUCGAAAAUGGCAAACUAAUCCGGCCCAACCUUAAACCUUAACUUUCACCCUUGUUUUCAUGCAGAACUUUGCUGCUCAAAUCGUGUACAAGAGACCUGAAAAUCCUCUUCAGUAUUUAGUGGAGGAGUUGGAAAGACGACGUGAAGAGACCGCCACGGAUAGCCGCCGUACUGAGGAUUCUGGGUUGUUGUCAUGACUCAUUACUGACCACUUUGAGUGACAUAUCUGUUUUCUUCCUCCCAAAAAACUUUGGCAUUGCAGAUAUAUUUUGCUUCUCGUACCUUUCUUGCAUUGAUAAAAGAUUACAAGAUUUUUCUAGUAGCAGGAAAGACCUCUGCAAGCUUAAGGAGAUCUCCUCUUUAUUACAAUCGCUAUCCUUGGUGUAAACGGCGAUGCCUAGCCUGUGUACAACCGACCCCUCCCCUAAAAAAACGGAAAGAAAGAAAAGUCUCCAAGAUUUUGUUUGAGAGGCCUGGGACUGUACACAGAUUAAACGAUACCCUCAGUGUUUAAUGGCUCGUACUACCAGAGAGGAUCUUGAUUGAGGCAAGAAAGGGGGAGGGCUUUACAAAUUAGUGUCAGAACGCACAAGGUCCAGAAAG